AUGCAGCCCUUUCUUCUGGCUAUGUCCCUGGCCGGACUGACUAGCGCGACGAACAUCGAACAUAUCGAAAAACGAUCCGGGGGUGGCGGUGUCGAAGAAAUGUUCCACGAAGCUGUCAAUGAUAAAUUGGCACGCUAUGCAAUUCUCGCUCUUGGUUGUGCUGCCGCCGCUUAUUACAUAUGGCAGCUUGCUUUCGGUUUCUCCCGCCAUCUUCGGCGACUGGCAAGCUUCGGUGAUGACCGACAGAAUUACUUCGUCUCCACACAUGAUACGUUUGCCUGGAUCAAGGAGCAUAUCAUUUAUGCGGCUUUGUUCCGCAGCCGACACAACCGUGAGCUCCAGCUCUCGUCGGCUCUCAACAUGGGUACGUUGCCCAGCCGCUUCCAUGCUUUCCUUAUCACUGGUGUCAUCGCCAUGAACGUCACCCUUUGCUGUGUGACAACUCCCUAUGGAACCAAGGAAGACACACUUGCUGGUAUUGUUCGUAACCGUACUGGCACAAUGGCUACCGUGAACUUGAUCCCAUUGGUUAUCAUGGCUGGUCGUAACAAUCCUCUGAUUGCUAUGCUCCAUGUGCCCUUUGAUACGUGGAACCUGCUUCACCGGUGGCUAGGACGCAUUGUGGUGCUGGAGAGUCUUGCACAUGUGCUUGCAUGGGCUAUUCCCAAAGGCCAAGAAAGUGGCUGGAAAGUUGUUGGUAUUGCUCUGAGCCACAGCAGCUUCUUGAUGACCGGCCUGGUGGCUGCCUGUGCAUUCACCACCCUCUUGUUGCACUCGCCCUCGCCUAUUCGUCAUGCAUUCUAUGAGACUUUCCUCCAUCUGCAUAUCGCCAUCGCAGCGGUAUCCAUGGGCUUCCUGUGGGUCCACCUCAACGGACUCGUUGCCCAGACCUACCUACUUGCCGCCAUCGUCCUCUGGGGCCUCGAGCGGGCCACUCGCUUUUUCAUCAUCAUGUACCGCAAUGUGGGCCGUGAAUCCACCACCGCAACCAUCGAGGCCUUGGCCGGCGAUGCAAUGCGGAUCACCAUACGUAUUGCCCGACCCUGGACCUUCCGUCCGGGUCAGCACAUCUACCUCUAUAUCCCAGCCGUGGGCCUGUGGACAUCACACCCCUUCUCCGUCGCCUGGAGCGAAACUGAAGAUAGCCUCGACGAGAAAUCCCUCCCACUCACCAAGGAAGACCUCCUCAAUGUGCCACAAAAGGAAACAAUCUCCCUCUUGGUCCGUCGCCGCACCGGAAUGACCGACAAGCUCUACAAGCGCGCAGCGAACGCCACGGAUUCACAAAUCACCCUCCGCGCCUUCGCCGAGGGCCCAUACGGCAACAUCCACACCAUGGACUCAUACGGCACUGUAAUGCUCUUCGCCGGCGGAGUCGGCAUCACCCACCACGUACCUUUCGUACGGCACCUCGUCGACGGGUUCGCGAACGGCACCGUCGCCGCCCGUCGCGUCACACUCGUCUGGAUCAUCCAAUCGCCGGAACACCUGGAGUGGAUCCGGCCCUGGAUGACCAGUAUCCUGGCCAUGGAUCGCCGUCGCGAAGUUCUGCGCAUUAUGCUGUUUGUUACGCGGCCGCGCAACACAAAGGAGAUACAGAGUCCGUCUGCUACUGUGCAGAUGUUCCCUGGUCGACCCAAUAUUGAUACGUUAAUCGGCAUGGAAGUCGAGAACCAGAUCGGCGCUAUGGGCGUGCUUGUCUGUGGAAACGGUGGAUUGAGUGAUGAUGUUCGCCGAGUUUGUCGGAGGAGACAGGCUCAUUCCAAUGUUGAUUAUGUGGAAGAGAGCUUCUCUUGGUAG